AUGUCAGAGCGGGGCCGCGGGCGGAGAGACGGCAGCUGGACAUGGGGCGUCGUCGCCAAAACCGCCGCUGGGAAGGGACAGCACCGCGGGCGCGGGCGUGGAUCUGGCGGCUCCCACUGGGGUCAUGAUACCCGGCAUGUGCUCAAGGCAGAUGCGCUGAAGCCCCGGCGCGGGGCAGGGUGGGGCAAGGGCAAGGAGAAGGGCGAGAAGGGCAAGGGCAAAGGCAAAGGCCACAAGGGCAAGGAGUGGCGGCGCAAGGCGGUGGUGCGCGUGGACGCGGACGCCAUCGGCCGGCACUGCGAGGUGCGGGCGGCCCAUGGGUCCUCGAUCCAGGCCAUGGUCAUGACAGAGCAGGGCAUCUACACCGUGUCCCAGGACAAGACCAUGAAGCGCUGGAAGCCCACGCGCAACGGUAGCGUCUUCGAGCUGGUGCCGGAGGUGUCGGUGCCCUUGCCGGACAGCGGCCACUCCCUGCUCUUCUCCAACGGCUGGCUCUUCUGCGGGCUCUGGGACGGUCAGAUCCAGGCGUUCGCCCAAGACGGCACGCAAUCCGUGCUGAAGGGCCACAGCAAGCGAGUCACCACGUUGUUGGUGCACCAGGGCGUUCUCAUGACGGGCAGUGCGGACAAAGAGCUCCGCUUGUGGCAGAUGGACAGUGCGGCGAAGACCUUCAACUGCACCCAUACCAUCGAGGAGAGCCUGCCGGGGCCCAUCAACAAGAUCCACGUGCUGGGGGGCCACUUGUUCGUCGGGGGUCACUACGGCCUGGCCAUGUUGGACCUCGCCUCCCUGAAGGUCACAAAGCUCCUGCCGCCAACCAAGUCGGUGACCGACAUCUUGGAGUUCCAGGGCCACGUGAUCGUGGCCUACUCCGAGGGCGUGAUCAGGAUCUUUGAUGCAGAGGGCAACCUGAAGACUGAGUCAAAGGCUUUGGACGCGGGUCCCAUCCUGAAAUUAGCUGGACUCGACUCGGGGCCUCGAGUGCUUUGUGGUCACGCACAUGGACAAGUGAGCACCAUCCAGCUGCCAUCCUUUGAAUUCAAGACGGAGUUCCAGGCGCUCCCCGGCCACAAGGUAGAUAGCCUGCUUUGCGCGGGCCACGAUGGGAUUUUCCUCAUCGGCUCGCAGGAUGGUAGCCUGCAGCUGUGGCAGAGAGUAGAGGGUGGAUUGCCGGGAUGA